GAUAGCGCCGUAUAAAUAGCAGCGUGCAAUUCGAACAUUCCCGGGAGAUUUUUCACGCGCGCCCAGCUUUGCUUCUUAUUCUAACUUCUCUCUUCCGUUUUAUUUGUUUAUUUUUUUUGCUCCAGCGAUGGACUUGGUGCGCUUUAAGCCUGCCCAGCAAUCCCACCCACUCCCAGGAUGCUACGAAACUGGUCCGCCAUGCUUCUGCUGGCUCGUGGGUAAUAUUGAUAAACAUCACGCUGCCGGAGAGACCGACCGACCAAGUCAGGGGAAGGAGGAGUCAAGUGGGGAAUUAGUCUAGAAUCUUUACGCGAGCACAAGAGGGGCAAAAUCUAAUCCCAAUCUUGGGGUGCCGUUGAGCCUUAUCUAGUCCGGGUGCAAAGCGCCAGUUUGGGAAGGUCCCUGUGAAUCAGGCAUGAGCGAUAAAGUCGUCAUUUGAACCCCUCAGAUUUGGAGCAGUCUCGUUUACGCUUGACGGAACCGCUUCCGACUUUUCGAGCCGAAUAGCCAUGGCCAAAAACGUAGACCAGGAGCCAAGCUUGGUUGCCGAAUGCCCGGUUUGCUGGAACGCUUACGAUAACGUUUUCCGGACCCCCAAACUCCUACGAUGCGGCCAUUCCUUUUGCAUCGAGUGCCUGGCGCACCUAAGCCUGAUCGCCGCCACCCAGAACCAGCUGCCUUGCCCUCUUUGCCGCUCUCUGACCUUGCUGCCGGCCAACCAGCAGGUGACCGAACUGCCCACCAACCUCCCCCUCUUGCACAAACUGGGCCUGGAGCCCAACCACAUCAUCCUCGAAGGGCGGCAACUGUGCCUUAAGGAGCAGCGCAAGACCAGGUAUUUCCUACGGCAACCCAGAGUCUACACCCUGGACCUGGGCGUAGACUCUGAACUCGGCACCCAGCCUUACCCCGAGAGCCCCCAGCCGGCGACGGUGGCCAGCACUCCCACCGGUCCUCGGCGUUCCCUUUUCCGAGAAUGCAUCCGGAACCCGCACCUUCGGAUCUUCACGUACUUGAUGGUCAUUAUCUUAAGCGUGACUUUGCUACUCGUCUUCUCCGUCUUCUGGACGAAAAACUUCUUCCCAGGUUUGGGAUGAGGGAGAAGCAGAUCUCGGAAACUUGA